AUGUUCCUGAAGGUGCCGCUGCUCCUGGGGCUCAUUUUGGUGGGCACUCAUAUCUGGACGAUUCAAAAAGAAUUUGAAGACAUUAGUAAGAAUGAGGAUUAUUUUGUGGGUUCGGUGGAGUUUGCUGUGGCUCAGUUCAAUGAUAACAGUGGGGAAGAGGAUGCAUACAAGUUGCUGGAAGUCAGGCGAGCCCAGCAGAAGAGGUGGACCAUGAUAUUUUUAAUGGAUCUGGCGAUGGGCCGCACAAUCUGUAAAACACGUGAAGAUAUUGAUGAAUGCCCCUUGCAAGAAGCACCGGGAGACAAAAAGGUGCUCUGUACUUUUAUUGUGGAUGCCCGGCCUUGGUUUUCCCAGUUCAUCCUCUUGAACAGCACCUGCCUGCAAAUAUGA